AUGUCCGUCAGUAACCACGAAAACAGAAAGUCUCGCUCUAGUUCUGGCUCCAUGAAUAUCCAACUCUUCCACAAGACGUCCCACGCCGACAGCCUGUUGACUCAGCUCAACCUGCUACGCAAACGAAAAGUCUUCACAGAUGUCAUCCUGAAGGCCGGAAACAGAUCCUUCCCCUGCCACCGGGCCGUCCUGGCCUCCUGUAGCCGAUACUUUGAGGCUAUGUUCAGUGGCGGGCUCAGGGAGAGCCGUGACGCCGAAGUCAACUUCCACGACUCUCUCCAUCCGGAGGUGCUGGAGCUGUUGCUUGAUUACGCCUACUCUGCCCGAAUCAUCAUCAACGAGGAAAAUGCUGAGUCGCUUCUCGAAGCUGGCGACAUGCUCCAGUUUCACGACAUCAGGGACGCGGCAUCGGAGUUUCUAGAAAAGAACCUCCACCAGUCAAACUGCCUGGGGAUGAUGCUGCUGUCAGACGCCCACCAGUGCCAGAGACUGUACGAGCUGUCGUGGAGGAUGUGCCUGGCGAACUUUGCCACGCUCUUCAGGACUGAGGACUUCCUCAGCUUACCCAGAGACAAAGUCCAGGAGCUGAUCCUCAGCGAGGAGCUGGAGGUGGAGGAUGAGAGCCUGGUGUACGAGGCUGUAAUCGACUGGGUCAAAGCCGACAUGGAGCACAGGCACAGUGAGCUGCCCGAGCUGCUGCGAUGUGUCCGCCUGGCGCUGCUCCCUGAAACGUACCUGCUGAAGAACGUUGCUUCAGAGGAGCUGGUGAUGUGCCACAAAGUGGGGCGGGAGAUUGUUGAAGAUGCCGUUCGGUGCAAAAUGAGGAUCCUCCAGAAUGACGGUAUUGUAACAGGGUUCUGUGCACGGCCGAGGAAGGUUAGCCAGGCCCUGCUGCUGCUGGGAGGACAGACUUUCAUGUGUGAUAAAGUCUACAUGAUUGACAACAAGACUAAAGAGAUCACCCCCAAAACAGACAUCCCCAGCCCCAGGAAGGAGUGCAGCGCCUGUGCUAUUGGUUGCAAGGUUUAUGUUACUGGAGGACGUGGCUCUGAAAACGGGGCCUCCAAAGAUGUCUGGGUCUACGACACGUUACAUGACGAGUGGUCCAAAGCGUCACCUAUGCUGGUCGCCAGAUUCGGACACGGGUCUGCAGAGCUCGACCACAUGCUCUACGUUGUGGGAGGACACACUUCUCUCGCAGGAUCAUUCCCUGCAUCUCCGUCUGUGUCUCUCAAACAGGUGGAACAGUACGACCCUCAGACCAAUAAAUGGACCCUGGUGGCUCCGCUCAGAGAGGGCGUGAGCAACGCCGCCGUCGUCGGUGCCAAAAACAAACUCUUUGCUUUCGGGGGCACCAGUGUAAACAGAGACAAAUACCCCAAGGUGCAGUGCUUCGACCCGUGUCAGAACCGGUGGUCUGUGCCGGCCGCCUGUCCGCAGCUGUGGCGCUACACUGCAGCAGCUGUGGUCGGCAACCAUGUCGUGGUGAUCGGAGGCGACACUGAGUUCUCAGCCAGCUCUGCUUACCGGUUCAACAGCGAGACGUACCAGUGGUCAAAGUUUGGUGACGUGACGGCCAAACGCAUCAGCUGCCAUGCAGUGGCGUCAGGAAACAGACUAUAUGUGGUCGGAGGGUACUUCGGGGCUCAGAGGUGUAAGACGCUAGACUGUUACGAUCCAUCAUCGGACUCUUGGGACAGUGUGACCAGUGUGCCCUACUCACUCAUUCCCACUGCCUUCGUCAGCACAUGGAAGUACCUCUCGGCGUAGAGAGCGAGAGACGCACUGACUCUUUGAGGUUUCUACGAUCAGCCGUGGUGUCUGGUAUGCAGGCAUGUGUCUCUUCAGAGGAGGAGGAGGAGGAGGAGGAGGAGGAGGAGGAAGAGUUUCUGUAUUCCUGCUGUGGCUCCAUCCAGCCUGAUUCACAUUAUCUUCAGCUGCAGAGAAGGCCCGAGUCCUGGAGACAGCCCAGAGACUGGAAGUCUGCGAGCUGAUCUGUUUACUCAUACUUCUUGUGUAACUUUCCCAUGUAGCCACUAGCCUGAGCUGGACUCGUUGCCAUGUAUACUGCAGGAACUUCAGUCUUUAUAUAACAAAGCAAAGCACAGUCAGGAAGCAGGCCGAUAGCACAGAUGUGUGCAGACUUUUCUGUAUCGGCCCUGCACUACUCAGCUGACUCACACCAUCGUCAAACAUUUGUAUCAUCUCGCCAGUAGAUUACAAGCUGAACUCACUCUGUAAGGACUUAUUAGUGUCUCUCGCUGACAUGUUGUUGUACAGUGAGCUAAAAAAGAGCGUCGGCCGGUCCUUUUGUUGUGGUUCUCUCCCCUCCUGACACUGGGCGUUUACUCAGGUGUAAUUUAUUUGGACUGCUGAUAGACUGAAUUAGACCUUUGCUAUGCCAGGCGUACGGGGAAGGAGAGAAGACAUAUGGGGAAGUGUAUGAUUUUGUGCACAGAAACAAUCUUCCUGUCUGUAUUUUUAGGCUUUGUACUUGGGCUUCCCUUAAUUUUGGUAAGCUAAAUCUGUAUCUUCCUCCUCAACUUAAAAAUACACACUCGCAAGAGAGAAUGUGGGCCGUUACGGCUGAAGAAGAUACUUUUCGCUUUCAAGAUGUUAUUUUCAAACUUUUUUUGUGUGUGUCUCAGGGUUAUGUAUAGUAUUGCUUGCAUUUGUUCAAGGAAGGGUAACAUCUUUGUUUUCUGUUUGUUGUGAAUGUACUUUUUUGUGACAAACCGUUUUACAGAACUCUCUUAUUUUAGAAGACAUUCUUACAUUGUGUUCUUUUUGCCAGGUGUAAAUGUAUGAUUACGCUUCAUAGCUGUGGUCAUAUUUAAAAUGUUGCCAAAACCUGAAUAGCUAACCUUCAUGUCAUUCUGGAUUUAAAUAACAAAAGCUAAGUGUGUCCAAAGUAGUUAAGAAAUACUUUGUAGCUAUGAUAUUAUUUUUUCAUGUCAUAUUUCAGGAUCUUUAAUGGAAGUCAUUCGUGUGUAUAGUUUGUAUAUUGCUUUGUAAUGAAUUUGUAGAAGCCUUUGAUUUGCACAUUUUGUACAAAGAAAUCUCAUAAUGGUCUUAAUUUUGUAUCUUUGUCUUAACCCAGGUCGGGUAGUGUGAAUAAUCAAAGCGUUUUUGUAGCAAGUCGUUUCUCUUUGAACAGUCGUCAUUGGCUCUGUGUGUGCAAGUUUUCCAAUAUAUCAUCAAAUAUGCUGAUAUAUUAAGCUAUUACUGACACACCAUCUGUUACUUCAUGUUCUACAGUUCAUAACUCGUCAAUAAAUAUCUUGUUGAAAACAUA